AUGUCGCAGUACGCCUACUUGUUCAAGUACAUCGUCGUCGGCGACAUAGGCGUUGGCAAGUCAUGCCUCCUGUUGCAGUUCACGGACAAGCGGUUCAAGCCCGAUCACGACUUGACUAUCGGCGUCGAGCACGGGAGUCGGAUGGUCACCAUUGACAACAAGAAAAUAAAGAUCUCCAUCUGGGAUACUGCAGGUCAGGAGGCUUUCAGGUCCAUCACUCGGUCCUACUACAGAAGUGCUGUCGCUGCCCUUGUCGUUUACGACAUUACUAGGAGGAAAAAGAAGGAUGGAGCUGAUAUUGUUUCUUGGAGGGAGUAUGAAGCUAUUCGUAAUGAGAUGGGACGUGAAUUCCACGAACAGGGCGAAGGACUUAAUGAUGACAUUCAGAAGGUCACCAAGAAGCUUGACACUACUAAUGAGACCGUCAAUACCAAGAACAAAUGA